AUGGCGGAUCCAUUGAGAACAGGUGACGAAGAUUUCCCUGUGCCUCUUCAGCAGCCUGCCGGAUCCUCCUUGGUGGCUGCUUCCACUGUUACAGGGGAUGCCAGUGCGGCAACUUCGUCAUCGUCGUCACAAACACAAACACAGGCACGUGGACAAGCACGAGCGCCGAAGACUCCUCGGCCUUGCAAGUUCUACACGACGAAAGCCGGGUGCAAGAAUGGAGAUUCGUGCCCGUUUUCCCAUGACCCUGAGCUUCGAAAGAGCGGCACUGGGGAUGAUCGCUCACCUGCGCUGGCAUCCGGGCCCGGGAGAAAGGACCCUGCUGGUGAUCGACAGCAUCAAAAUGCCGGCGGGGUACGUCAUACAGCACGCGGUGCACCUGGGGCCGAUGCAUUGCCGGCACGCCGUCAUCUUCCAAUCGUUGAUCCCUCUAAGGUAGUGCGCCGGCCUGCACCAGCCGGUGAAAGUAAUCCCGAAGUGCGGAGAAAAAACGAGAUCAAUCAGCUUAAGCGUCGAUGGGGGGACCUGUUCCAAGAAGUCGAUCAGGAACAUGGCGUGUACCGACUUGAGUUGAAACAGUCAGAAGAUUUCCCAUAUGAUCUAGAUGCUCUAAGGGUCGAACUAUCUAUCCCACAAGAAUACCCUAAGGCAGAUGCGGAAGGAUCCUCGAUCAAGGUACUGAACGAGGAUGUGCCCAAAGGACAUCAGUUCAAUAUCGAACGAGGCUUUUCGAAUUUGGUUAGGUCAGCAUCGAAGACGACGAGGUUGCUCGAUUUGAUCAAUAACCUCGAUAAGCGACUUGAAGAAUUCCUGUCAUCCGAGAAGGCUGCGACUUUCAAAAUUGUGCCGAAUAUAGGAGCCGUUGUCCAGGAAGUCGCAAAGCUUGACGUCAAUGAUCACCAGCUGCAAAUAACGGAGCCGGCGUCUCAAGUAUCACAAGCGCCCCCAAAACCAGAACUGCCAAAACCGAUCUACACCGAGGCUCAAAGGGAAGCUGCAAGGGCAAGACGAGCGUUGGAGACAAGGCAGCUGGAAGCGAGAUUAAGACAGUCACCUGUGUUCUGGAAAAACUCGAUCGGUACGAUAUACAAGGUCCCUUUGGAGCCUCGAAUGAAAGCUAUGCUGCCGGCAGGGCUACUUCUUCUUAACAGCGUUGAUUUGAGAGUACCUGAGCUUUAUCCGCUUGAGCCCUGCAAAAUUGUCUUUGAUCGGAAUUUCCCAGAAGUCAUUACAACGGGUAUUGAGCGCGGGUUUCUCAAGCGAGCGCUAGAGAAACCCGAGGUCUCAUUGAUGGCACAACUUAACUAUCUAGCUCAGAAUAUGCAUAAUAUGAUUGAGACAGUGCCAGAGGAGCCUCCUCAUAGGCCAAUUGUGGAAGUCAAACCCAUUCCUAAGGUUACACCUGAAGCGGGUCCGUCAACGGAAACGCCUACAUCGCCCGUCGUUCUUGAGAAACCUCGUAUAAUCAUUAUAGAAAAAACUCGACCACCGGAGUGGGAGCUAGAGGAUUCUGAAAGCGAUUCAGAGGAAGUAUCUAGCUCCGAAGAAGAGAAAGAGGAAUCGGCGGAGUCAAGUCAGAAUCUCCAACAAGAUUCUGAUGUGGCAGCGCCUGUUUUUGUUUCAUCGAUAGAGCGCGGUACUUCGAUUUCGUUUCCUGAUAUCAAAUUGAAAAAUAUCGAGCUGUUGGAACUAAAGACGAUCAAUUUGACCAUGAAAUGCACUCGAUGCAAAACCGUUGCCGACAUCAACAAUAUCAAAGCCAAAGAAAACAAGCAUAGUCGCCCAAAGUUACUUGGUUGCGAGAAAUGUUCCAGCGUCAUAGGAAUAGGUUCAUACACCCCACCAAAUUGUUUUUUACCCUUCAGUACUAUUUCAGAAGAGAAUUCAUUCAUGAAAAUCACACACGUGCAGGAUUUCUUGAUCUUUCGGGUUGUACUGUUGUAG